GUCUGGAGGUAUACGCAUCAAAAGUUAGCUUUUAACGGUUUCGUUUGACCUUGUUCGUGUGCAAGUAACAUUACAGUUAGAGGUGAUGCGUGUACCCAUCAUUAUUACCAGUGUAAUAUCUCGUUUAACUUAUAACAUACAUUGUUUUGCACAUCUGUUUAAUGAGUUACUUCGAUGAUCUUUUAUGUACUUUCGCUUAACCGCACUACUCCGGAAUGUGAUGGCUGCGCAAGUGGGGCGGGGCGGGAGUAGUAUGCGCUUAGCCUGCCGGGAAAAAAACGAUUAUAGGAACAUCGCUAAUUGCUGAUAAAGCGUUGACGUAGCGUGAGGGGUUUGUGUGAGUUCUGGGACUGUUUAUUUCGUUCGGAAAGUUCAAAUCAGUAGUCUUGCACUGUAUCCAAUGGGUUUUAUGUUAAAUGUACAACAAGACUUUUUUAAUUUAUGAGUGGACAGUGCUGGAUUUGUAUGCGCUCAGGAUGUGUCAUUUCUAGUGACAUCCACGUACACAUACAAGGUGCAAAAAGGGGUGUAGCACAAAACAACUUUUUGUCCGUCGUGUGCAAAUUUCAUCAUCUUGCACCGUUGCCUUCUUUCUUUCUAACCGAUUUUUGAAAUACAGUAUAAUGUAUUAAAAUCAGUGAAGACUUUGAUGAUUUAAAUUAUUUCAGUUAUUCUACAUCUUGGUUUUUAGUUAUUUUGUUGUUUUAUUUGACAUUGUAUAUAAUGCACAGGACAUGUAGAAUGACAGUGUCAGCAUUAUUUACAAUACAUUAUAGCCUCACAAAGAUUAAAAAGCCUUUAUUGUAUGAAGUAAGGCCAAAGUACAAACAGUGUGCCUAGGCUCAAGAAUCAGUGCCCUCUUGGAUUCAAUAAUAUCUUCCUGAAUAAAGAUUAUGUCUGCUAUAAAUAGGGAUCCUAAAAUUGUGGUUAUUGGUGCUGGGUUUGCUGGGCUGACAGCAGCAAGUCACCUGACUAAACAUGGAUACUUGAAUGUCACAAUUUUGGAGGCUAUGGAUAGACCUGGUGGUAGAGUGCACACAAUAAAACCCUUUGGAGAAAAUGUAAUAGAUUUAGGAGCCAACUGGAUUCAUGGCCAAGAUGGAAACCCAAUUUUUAUCAUGGCGAAGGAGCAUGGCCUGCUGGCUGAGAACGAUUCCUGUUCUACUAUGUGCCUUCCUGGAGCAGUUACACCAAAAGAUUAUUUUUUCCACCAAAAUGGGAAACUGUUUGAUUCAGAUGAGGUUGAGCAUGUAUGUCAAGUUUUUGAUAACUUAAUGUCCAAAGCAUUUAACGAAGAAUUGGGUCCCAAAUAUAAGGAAACGAGCCUUGGAGAUUACCUUGAUGAAGAAUUCAGUGCAUCAGAGCUUAUAUCUAUAGAAGGUGCAAAAAUGGUAUUUGAAUGGUGCAAACGUGUUGAAUGUACAGAUGAGGCCUGUUCCUCCUUAUAUGAAUUCUCAGUAAGUCAGCUUAGGCUAUAUACAGCCUUAGAAGGCGGUUUCUUUAACUCUCUCGGUCCAGGUGGUUACCAAGCUAUAUUGGAUAUAUUGCUGAAGAGCUUACCAUUAGGCGUUCUUGUUUGCAGUACACCAGUCAAGUUCAUUAAGUGGAAUUUAAACCAGGGGACGUCCCCUCCUGGUGAAAUGUAUCCAGUAAAAGUAAUUUGUGACAAUGAUGAAGAGCUAGAAGCAGAUCAUGCAAUUGUGACAGUCCCUCUGGGCUACCUGCAAGAAAAAGCAACUAAGAUGUUUUAUCCUCCUCUUCCAGACUGGAAAAUAAGAGCCAUCAAUAGAUUAGGCUUUGGAACAGUCAGCAAAAUCUUCUUAGAGUUUGAGAAGACAUUUUGGCCAGUAGAUUGUUCUGGAAUUCAACUAGUCUGGGAACAAGGGCAUGAAGAUAAAGAUAUGUACAUGUCUAUGUUGGAUGGGGAUAGCUGGAAAGACACCUGGUACAAAAAAAUCUGUGGUUUUGAUACUGUGGCUCGUCACCCUAAUGUGCUUUGUGGCUGGAUUACAGGCAAGGAAGCAGAAUACAUGGAGAUUCUUGAUGAUAAUAUUGUCGGAGAAACAUGUACCAGGCUACUAAGAUUGUUCACAAACUGGGAUGUUUCCAAUCCUGUUCGUGUGGUCAGAUCUUUAUGGAAAGAGAACCCCUAUGUUCGAGGCUCCUAUACUUACAUACCUGUUGGCGUUGAUGCACAAAAAGAACAAGAAGCAUUAGCAGAACCACUGCCAUCUGUCUCUUGUAAUUCAACAAACAAGCCUUUGCAGGUUCUUUUUGCUGGGGAAGCAACACAUGUCAAUUAUUACACGACUACCCAUGGAGCAUAUCUGUCUGGAGAAAGGGAAGCUCAACGAAUCAUAAAUUACUACAAAAAAAGUCCAGUUAGCUCAGUUGGAAAAUAAAAUUGCUAAACUUCACAUUUAUUUAACAAAGGAUUAUUCUUUGUUUUAUAAAUUUCAUUUAUAAAAAGUAACAUUUCAAUAGUAUGGCUUAAUUGCUGGAAAGGGAAAUAAAGUAGUGUGAAAGCAUACGUAGUAGGUGGGUAUAAUACUGCAGGAUAAUUUCACUUUAGUGUCUUGCAGGAGUAAAAAUUAAAUAAAGCACUAGGGUCUCAUUGUUGAAUUGAUCCAGUUUUAACACACUUUAACCAAAAGCCUUAAAAGCUCAAUUUUUAUAGGUUCUGCACUGUAUUAUAAUUUUACUGUGAAAGCACACCUAGUGUGUGGAGAGAAUGCUGCAAGAUAAUUUCACUUUGGUGAUAUACCAAAGUAAAAACUACAAAAUGCACUAGUAUCUAAUUGCUACAUUUCUCCAGAUUUAACACACGUGUAAAAGUGUUUGUUGUUGGUUGUGCACUCUGUUAAACCAUAUGUAUGAAACAAACUUAUUUUUUAUAGUCUGUCUACACAGUAUUAGCCAAUCUGUAUUCUUUGCAUUACUUGCUAUAAGGAUUAAAAAAUAUAUGGAGAUGUAAUGCACUAAUGCUGCCUGCUACUCAUUAUGCAGAAGAAACAUUCAUAUAACUGUUCAAAUGUGUUAAACAAAAAAUGAAGGAAGCAGUUUUGAUUAGGGCCAUGUGCAAUAAAGAGCAAAACUGUUCUAUUUUUGAAAUUGAAGGUUUUAAAACAAAAGGAGAAGCAACAUUUACACACAAACUUAUUGUAAUACUAUAAAGGGCACAAAAUGGCAAGCAAACAAGCAGAUUUAGCAACCUUUAAAGUACCGUAAGCAUAUAGUUUAUUUAAUAGCACCUAAGCUUUUAGAUGAGACAAGACAAUUUUAUAUCCGAUAUUCUAAUGAACAAACAGAAACAGAAAGGCUGAGGCUCACUGAGCAUUUCAACAAGCCUUACUUUCUUGUUGGUCACCCAAAGAAAAAAAAUAAAAACGAGAAGAGAAACUCACCAACCUCCCGAGGUGAUCACUGUAACCAAGCACCAGUUUAGUCGGGCCAUUCUGUCCUUCAUGCUGUACAUUGAAGACAGCUAUCCAGACAAAUGUUGUCCACUCAAUUCUAAUGAAACCUUUCUACUUCUUCUAGUUGAUUACAUUACCUGUAGAACUAAUAAAUAGUGGUUGCCUGAAGUAGAAGUAUGUAAAAGUCAUGCAGGUGACACCACAAAGACAACAAAAUGCAGAGUGACAUUGAUAAUAACAUUGCAUUUGUUUUAAAAAGGUAUGAAAUGUUAUUACUUAAGGAGUUAUAGAUUGUUGAUAUGUAAGUCAUGUAUCUUGCCACAAUAAUGCCUAAAAGUUCGUGUGUUACUCUCUCUGAGCUGAUAAAAGAGUUAGGGCAUUUGAUUUUCUUAGGGGAGAUAUUUUAUGGCUAUUUCAUUUUAAUUAACGGAAUACUACACCCAAAAAUGAUAUUUUUUUGUAUGUUUCUUACCUCAUGUAGUGUGUAGUGAUGGCUGGGAAAAAAUUUUAAUCUCAUGUUUUUAUUAGAA